UUGCACAUAGAUCUACUUUUACAACCUGGUGAGUGUCGAAUUCGUGGAUUCAAACGUUUCAGCGACGUUUGGGCUGGUGGUUUUGCCACAAUUGCUCGCUGUGUUCAAACAGGCGUGAUCUACGCAUGUGGUCUCAACAAUUAUGGUCAAUUGGCUCUAGUUAAACAGCUUCAAAAGCCAUCUGCUACAGGGGUGAGUGAGGAGCUAUCCGAGUCGAUGCUGGCAAAGAAGCAAGGUCCCCUCAUACAGUUCAUGCUCACUCCGGCUAAUGGAUUCGAUCCAGAAAAGAAAUGGACUCAAUUUGCUAUUGGAAUGCAUCACACUCUGGCUCUAACUGAUUCAGGUGAAGUGUACGCAGUGGGCCGCAGUGACUAUGGUCGUCUUGGUUUCCCUACAGAAAAAAACUCCAGUGCGUCAGAUAGAUCAGCUGUGCCUGAACCGCACUUAGUUCAGGGUCUCCUUCAUGGACGAAAAUGUUUGUGGAUUGGCGCUGGAGAGUCAUGUUCUUAUGCUGUGGAUGAUUCUGGUAAGGCCUUCUCUUGGGGCAUGGGCAGUAGUCAGCAACUUGCCCAAGAGGACGAAGACGAAGAUGCAUUGGAACCAGGUGAGAUGGUUGGCCGAAACCUUGAAGGUCGUCGUGUUAUCAUGGUAGACGCGGGGGGUCAACAUGCGGUCAUGUUGGCCUCUUGUUCAUCUAAGGACAGAGCGCCAAGCAAAGCUACCGUUGCGGUGACGACAGCCUCCACAACAGUAAUUCCCGAUCCUAAAAGAAAUCACAAUCAUGCUAUAAACGAACCUAUGGAUACUGACAGUGCACCUCCCGAUACUACCGAAAUUCCAAUUAGCAAUGGAGGAAACACAGCGGAUAAGUUAACGCCUGCUGUAAGCUCAACAACAGUAUCUUCGGCUGCAAAUCCGCCUCCAGAAGUAGCAAGUACGGCGGGUGCUACAGUGAACUCAAGCUCAGUCCACAGCUGUUCUCUUGUGCCCAGUGAUCAGUCGUCCUUAAGCAGUAACCAUAGUACGGAUGGAGGCGGAUCUAGCCGAAUGGGAAGCUCAAUCUUUGCUCAACCAGUUGACGCACCUCUGAGCCUAUCUAAGGCAGGAACCUCGUCAACAAACCAACAGACAGCUUCGGCUAAUUGCGGUGGAAGUAAUGCUAGCACAAGUGAAGCUGGACUAGCACUCACUGAAACGGGAUCAAAUACCGCUUCUCCCUCAAACACGCAUUAA